UAUUUUCUGUGUUUCAUGUGCAAUAUGAUCAUUUUCAAAGUCAGCACUUACUACACCUGCAGUUAAAUGCAGCAAGAGUGGAAAUGUUAAGUCACAAACAACUGAAUACCCCUAUGAAGUACAAGUACUUGAAAGUUGUACUCCAGUCCAGCAAUGUUUAGUUACUAUUAGUUACUUUUCAUCACUGCCAGACUGCACUUUGACAGUGUUAUGUGGUUUUCUGCAAGAAUUCAAUGAAUCAAGCGUCAUCUUAUCUUGUUUAAAUUGGCACAGCCUUUCAUAUUCAGAGUCAAGGAUUUGGCAUUGAAGGAGCAGCAUAAAAACAUGGCCCUGCAGCAGCUCAGGGCCAUCCUGCACAGCUCCUCUCUGUGAUGCUUGGCCUCUGCUGAACCAGAUCCCCUCUGUCAGGGCUCACUGUUAUGGAUAUGGCUUGGUUUCUGUGUCUAUGUGCAUUUUGGGCUCUGGCUUUGUUAGCAGUGCAGUUAAAGCUCAGAACAUCUGUGCAGGCCUCCCAGGACCUCCCCCGCCUCCCAGCACUACCCCUGAUCGGCAGUCUCCUGAGUCUAUGGAGCCCACACCCUCCUCAUGUGCUGUUCAAAGGACUGCAGGGGAAAUAUGGACAUACAUACUCUCUGAAGAUGGGCUCCCACGUGAUCAUCAUAGUCAACCAGCACAGACACGCCAAAGAAGUCUUGCUGAAGAAAGGGAAGACAUUUGCAGGAAGACCCAGAACUGUGACCACAGAUGUUCUGACCAGAGAUGGGAAAGACAUUGCAUUUGGAGACUACAGUGCUACCUGGAGGUUCCACCGGAAAAUAGUCCAUGGAGCUCUGUGCAUGUUUGGAGAGGGAUCUGCCUCCAUAGAGAAGAUCAUCUGUGCAGAGGCCCAGUCUCUGUGCUCUGUCCUGUCUGAGGCAGCAGCUGCUGGACUUGCCCUGGAUCUGUCUCCUGAGCUAACUCGAGCUGUAACCAACGUCAUAUGUUCACUCUGCUUCAACUCCUCCUACCGUCGAGGAGACCCAGAGUUUGAGGCCAUGCUGGAAUAUAGCCAGGGCAUCGUGGACACUGUGGCAAAGGACAGCCUCGUCGACAUCUUCCCCUGGUUACAGAUUUUUCCCAAUGCAGACCUGUGUCUUCUAAAGCAGUGUGUUUCAAUCAGAGACGAACUUCUACAGAAGAAAUAUGAUGAACACAAGGCAGACUACAGUGACCAUGUGCAGAGGGACCUGCUGGAUGCUCUGCUGAGAGCCAAACGCAGUGCUGAGAAUAACAACACAGCAGAGGUCAGUGCAGAAUCUGUGGGCCUUAGUGAAGACCACCUCCUCAUGACUGUGGGAGACAUCUUUGGAGCUGGUGUGGAAACCACCACCACUGUGCUCAAAUGGGCAGUCAUCUACCUCAUCCACCACCCACAGGUGCAGAGGUGUAUCCAGGAGGAGCUCGACAGUAAAGUGGGAUGGGGUCGGUCCCCUCAGCUCAGUGACAGAGGCAGUCUGCCUUACCUGGAGGCCACCAUCAGGGAGGUGUUACGGAUCCGUCCUGUGGCCCCUCUGCUCAUCCCUCAUGUGGCCCUCAGUGAUACCAGCAUCGGGGACUUCACUGUGAGGAAAGGCACUCGAGUCAUCAUCAACCUGUGGUCUCUGCACCAUGACGAGAAGGAAUGGAAAAAUCCUGAGCUCUUUGACCCUGGUCGGUUCUUGAACAGUGAUGGCACAGGUCUGAUCAUCCCAUCUCCCAGCUACCUGCCAUUUGGUGCAGGUGUCAGGGUGUGUCUGGGCGAGGCCUUGGCCAAGAUGGAGCUCUUCCUCUUCCUGUCCCAGAUCCUGCAGCACUUCACCCUCUCUGUCCCACCAGGCCACUCUCUGCCCAGUCUGGAGGGCAAAUUUGGUGUGGUCCUCCAGCCAGCUAAGUACAAGGUGACCGCUACACCCAGACCAGGCUGGGAGAGAAACAAGUGGCAGGCACAUUGAGAUUGGCCCCAUGUUCUCGACAGCAGUGACCUGAGAGUCUGCUGGGCUGACAGAAGGCAGCAGAUCAAGCAUGUAGCAGUGAACUGGACAUAUCAUAACAUCUGUUUAUGCAUGACAUUCUCAUUAUUUCUUAACAAUGUAACUGUCAACCAACAGUUCCCAGCAUUAUUUAUGAAUAUAGUUUGGGGUCUGAUAUGCAAUAAGUUCUCUCUGCAGCCAAGAAUCUCAGGUUAGAGCCUACAUAACAUUAGUUUGUAUUUAAUAGGAGCCAUUUAAGAGGUGUCAUUGAGCAGCAGUUUCUCAGUAGUGAAUAUAAUAUAAUGACAUUAGUAACUCCACUUUCCACAACAGCGAGGCAAGUUAUCUCUGCUUAUUUUAAAGAUAUAUUUGUUAUCUUCAACCUAUAAUCAGGACAUUCUAAGAUUAGAUAAGAGAACCUGUUGCACCAUGACUGCCUUUGGAGGACCAUUUUGUUUCACUGCAUAAAGAUAUUCUCAGAGACAAAGCUCAUCACCAGAGAUUCUCUGUUUCUGUUGCCCUGAACCUUUUCAAGAUGUCAACAAACUUUCAUUUUGCAAAGUGAUUUCCUUUUUAUACAGUUUCAGUUCCUGUGAUGUCCUUUGGAAUCAAAUCAUAUUAGUUUAUCUUUUAAGAAAUGUAAAAAAUUAAUAAAUUUCAGUUAUCACCUGCACUCUGACCAGAACUGUGCAUCAUUGUACUCAAUGUCAUUUUAAAUACAUUAUCUCAGGGCUGUUGUUUAG